ACCAGUAUGGCCAGCAACGACGAUCAAUGGUUGAAGGAAGAUGGUUAUUUGAAUGUGGAUGUCGAAUCACAUUCUAUCGUUUACCAUCCUAAUCUAAACACGAUUCUGGUUAUAGCGAAAAAUGGCGACGUAAAAAUUCUGGAUGUAAAUUCUGGUGUCAUACUGCAAAGCUACAGAAUUUCGGAUAUAAACACGGUGCGAUGCCGGUACUUACCGCAGCAGGAUAAGAUACUUAUUUGGGAUAAGCGAAACAUUAGCAUGCGUGGUGACUACAAUGGCGUGCUGUUGUUGGAUACAAUUUUGCAGGCUCCGGUUGUAUUAACUGACGACCGAGUGCGUCUUGAGCUGUUGCUAUCGGAGGCGUUACUUUUCCUGCAGUGCCUUCAAAACCUCGAACAACAUGGUCUGGAAAAUAUGAGCGAUGUUACUAACGAACUAACGCAAAAGAUCAAUGAAGCCCAAUCGCACUCGAAACGUGGCAUCAAAGCGCAAAAGUGGGAGACAGUAUGUUUGGAACUGCCGCAUUCAUCGCUACGCAUGGUCGCUAGUGGCGUGGUGAUGCAGUUAAGGCGUUUAGACCAACACAUUCCUGCUAUGGCAAUUGCAUCCGCCAUCAACGAGCGAUUAACGGAUUUGUUAAAGGGAGCCCGGGCCACUAAAUAUGCUAACAACGCGCAACGGUUCCAGAUGUACUCGGAGGCAGCUCGUCGACAAACUUUCGAAGCAUGGCCUCACAUGGACUACAAGUGGGUCCUUCCUGAUCAGAUGGCGCAGGCAGGCUUCUAUCAUCAACCGGGUGAGAAUGGAAAUAAGGAUCGCGCCAUGUGCUUCACUUGUUCCGUAUGUCUGGUAUGCUGGGAAAAAACGGACGAACCAUGGAGCGAACACGAGCGCCAUUCUCCAGAGUGUCCGUUUGUGAAGGGAGAAUUCACGCAGAAUGUGCCACUUUCGGUAACUUACGCUACUAGCCCAGCCGUGGCAACAGAGGGUUUUGAUUUAAUAUCAGCAGGCGAUCGCGGAGUGGUCUUUUGCACCGGAGACCUUACGGGAGACGUGACGGUGUGGAACGUCGAGCGACAGCUGACAAAGGUGCAUGACUUUCAGGUGAAGCUGCACCCUGAUAUCCUGACAACGACUACCAUUAGUCCUAUGGCGAUUGUCAACUCCAUUGAGCUUAGCGCACUAGCCGCGUAUUUUGUUCGAUCGCCAGUUGGCAGUGGAAUAUCGCAACGACGUGCUUCACUUUCUCUGAGACCGAAGAUGCUUGGCACGAAGAUUGUUGCAGCUGUUAGAGUUAAUAGCACGGAACCAUUCGAUCCUGACGUUUACGACGGCGAUGCUGAUAAAGAAGAAAUCGGUACAUUGGAACGGGACAAUGAUUAUCGGGAUCCAGAAACGACACUACUUCUAAUUGUGUACAACAUAGAAGAUCCUAUCACAGAAGAAAUAGUGUCUGGCUCGCUAACAACGGUUGUCCCUAAACCGCCCGUUUCUGCCACUUUUCCCGUCGCUGGAGGAGGUAGUAUGGGAGCUAAUAGUAAUGUCAAGAAGCCCAAUCUUUUCACCAUUCUUGAAGGUGCGGAGGAUGAAGCUACAAAGCUGUUGGCAGAGCGAACAAGUAUAAUGAUGGAGGAAAUAACACAAACGACGCAGACAUCUGCACAAAAUACGACGAAGACGAAAAUGAAAAUCUUGCCGGAUAUAUGCGAGAGUGAUAGUUGUAGCAUAGCUACGCUAGUCUCUUCAGAUGCAUCACUUUCUACGCUACCCUCCACUUCGAUGAACAUAGUAACAGAUGCUCUUGUUACUGGCAUUGGUGGGCUUGAAUGUGCCGAAGAUGGAUCUGGUGAUACGCCAAGUGCCAGCGGUGCCGACGGUGGUAGCGGUAGCGGUAUUGGCGUAGGAGAUGAUCUCACUUCAAACGAAACCAACAUUUGUUGCAUUCCGCUUCAGUACAUCGAACUGCCGCCAAUAUUUGUGGACUCAUUCGAUCGAUAUGACAUUUCCGAUGUCGUUCCAUCGAGUGACAAUCGGUAUUUGCUAGUUGUGGUAAAGUACAAUCGAUGCAAAUUUGUUUGGAAGCAAACAGAUUCGUUUGAGAGCAUGGAAAUAACCGAAUCCAACCCGCGUUGGCAUGCCAUAUUGUACCUGUAUUUUUUAAAUGAAGAUGGACUGGUGCGCUUAGAUGAUCCAUUAACAUCGUGUUUGGAACAGGAUCAAGUUCCGCUGGAAAUAACAAUGCUUCCGAAAUGUGACGGUACUGGGCGACAUUUCGGAGGUCCUGAGACGGAACAGGGUAUAUUUGUAAUGACCUGUGCGGAUGGGAAAUUGCGCAUUGUUUCGCUUGAAACUCUCGCGAUCCUUUCGGAAGCAUCAGUUAAGGAUGAUCGAUUUGUUUCUGCCACCUACUGCAAAAGCCUGGAGCGGCUUUGCGGAUGCACGUAUAAGGGAUGUCUUCAUUUUUAUUCAUUCUACGAUCUGGAUGCUGACUCAAGUGAUGAACGUGACGAUGAGAUUGUUGUUCCGAACUCAUCGUCGAUGGGAGUCGUUUCUGGCGACCCAUAUGGUUCAACUGGGGUAGGUCCGAUGAAUGUGUACAACUAUGAUACGAGUUUGUCAUCAGUCCCAGCCGGCACGUCGAACAAUUCCGACAGUCGUUGCCCGAUCGGAUCUGACCAGGAGUUGCAGCAACAGCAUCUUCAGCAGGAUCAACGGCAACAACAAAAGCCCCAGCAGCAACAUCAGCAGCACUAUAAUCCCGAUGGCGUUGGUCUCGAAUGGUUGUUUGCUUUUCGUAGGGAUGUCGACGACGUGGAUAACCUGAGAGUACUACAUUCGUUGACGCUAUAUAGUGAAUUGUUAACACCAUAUUCUGCUGAGGUACCCGCUUGCUGGAACGAGUUGGAACAAGCCCAAAAGCAAAGAAGAAAUCCGCAACAUUUACGUCCUGGAGAUGAUACGCACCUUACAAAAACGUGGCGACUGCACAACGAUGCCUCCACCUGGGAUGAACAUUUGAUCGAACUCAAUCUACCAAAAUGUACAUCGCUUGGUCACAUUGAUUUUAAAUUUUCCCUUUACCAACCAUGCGCCAACUCGCCUGCCAUCCAAGUUACACUGUUAAAGCAAAAGUCGAUGGGACUUUGUACGCGCCGUAAAACUCAAUCCAUCAAUCGGGUUGAUGAAUCGAUAAAUUUUAACAUUGGUGCGGGUGAGAACAAAAAUUUCGUCGAGAAUCCUGUGCUGAGUGAAGAGUAUUUGCAGGCCAGAAAUGCAGAAAUUAUGGUCGGCCCUAUUGAACUGGCGGCAUGUAUGGAUUUAAGUGAGCAGGGAGGAUGCGUAACGUUGACAAGUCCUAAGUUACUCAAGUCCAAAGGCCGAAAUUAUCUGUUGCACAUCAAGACCAUGACAGAUCUUUCAAAAGAUGGGCAAACAAAAACCAGAGUACCGGUCCGGAAGAAGGGCAUUACGAGCAUACUGUUGACGUCGUUGUCAAAUGUAUCUGUACCACCGAAUGCACCUACCGGUUCUGUACAGGUCGGUAAGGAUGGCACGUUGACAAUUUUUCCCGUUCCUUCUCCGGCUGCAACUAUCAAGACACAAACAAAAGAUUUCUACAUAGGAUGCGAUUGGUUGAACGAAAUUUCCAUUACUAUUCGAGCGACUCAGCCUCUUCAAAAAGUAGAACAUGAACGUGCUCAACGACUUGCCAUGCUUGACUCCAAUAUGCUGUUAGAAAAUUUAUUAAACCUUCUCCAUCAGAGCAACCAUGUGUUGGAAGGGAACAACGAUGACAGCGAAGAAAUUUCAUCAACAUCAUCCACCACAGCAUCGGUCUCUGCCGUAUCCCCAGAGAAUAUGACAAUAUUGCGCCAGCAUCUUGCCUUAGAUAUACUGAUAUGGAUCAUCACGAUACGCAUGAUGCGUUACCGCUAUCCAAAAAAUCCCUUCGCUAAACGUGUUAUUUCAACGGAGUUACGUAAUGUGGCCUCGCCUGAUCUCAACGCCCAACAAACUGAAUGUGUGCAACUCAUGGAAAAGCAUUUGGAGCAGGUUAUUCGACAUUGUAUAGUACUUGCAAAUCGCAGCAUCGCCCACAAAUGUGUGAAGCUAAUUUCGCUAGCCCUUGAGGGAGCUCAAAACAUGAUCGAUAAAAAUGUUUGUAAUUCGUUCGAACAAUCGCUAAAUGAUGCCAUCACUCGUUGUCUGCCGGAUAUAGUGAACGCAAAUCACGCUGCUGCCUUGCGCUGGUUUGCCUUGUUGAUUUCCGGUACUACUUUGGCGGAGAAUCAUUUAUCCUUGGCGGACCAAUGCCUGAGUCUGCUCAAGACAGUGGCUAAAGAGUUACAAAAACGUAACAAUCCCUAUACGGCAUUGCUACGGACUCGCUUUGGGUUGCAUGGCUCUCCGUUUGACUCUGAAGUGUUUGAUGCGCAGGUACUAGACGGACGGAUGGGCAUCAACGGAGGAGCAGCUUAUCCGUUCAGUUGCGGUGCGGCCACAAACGGGCUUGGCAUAAAUGGUAGUGGUAACACCGGCAGUGCUUGCCCCGUCGGUGGUGGUUGUACUGCUAACGGAAAGGGUUCAGCAGGAGGUUCAAGCGGCACGAUUGGCUCAUCUAAUCUGACUACGGGGCCUUUGUCGAUCGAUUUGAGGCUCAUGUGUUUUGCUGAUGGUGCCGAUCUGAAGUGUUUGUCGGACCAACUUCGCAGCCGGAGUAUCGGAUCUCACUUCAUGGGCUUGCUAGAUGUGGAACCAUUACACUAUUUCUGCAGUGGCACGUCCGAUGCCACACGUUUGGAAAAUAUUGAUUCAAACGGAAAUGCUACCGCUAGUAGUAGCAGUGCUUAUGUGAAUGGAUUUGCCGAAGCAGUUGCUGCAAGCGCGGUUAGUAAUGGUAUCCCAUUAGACCCUGUAUCUACUGCCAACAUGUGGAUGGAUGAGUAUUUGUCUGAAAAGUACGGGAGCUCUAAUACGUAUGCCAGUGUGGUCAAGGAUGUUCUGAACGCGCAUGGAGUGCAUGACACCGUAAUCGUAUCAUAUGCAGAACCCGAUCAACAGCAAGCCAACAACAGUAGCAACCAUGUUAGCAUCACAAAUGUAGGAAACAUUUCCAAAAAGCUAAUGGCACAUUCGAAACAACACUUGGAUGUAGAUAAGGAAAAUCUUAGCGAUGGUAUGAUGAACAAUAUGAAAAAUGUACUCGUCGACAAAAUUUUCUUUUCGGCUUUGCAAAAGCACAAAUUGAAAUCAGCCGGUAUUUCCUCAACGGAGACAGUAAGCUUUCCGACCUAUCUGCAGUCCCCACCGCAUAUUAAACCCAGCCCGUUAGUCGUUGUAAAAGUGACUAAAAAGCCCUCUGAUCCCAAGCAAAGUGCACUGAUUAUAACUGAUAAUUCCAAGUUGGAUUCCGCUGAGUUAGAAAUCCAAAGUCCAAUGCAGGACCAUGAGUCGCGCUCUUCGAAAGUGGUAUCUUUUGCUACGGCUGAUGCUGAUGUUGGUAGUAUACCCGAAGAAGCGCAUGGUGCUCUGUUGGAAAAUGCUAAGCUUCAAUCUUUUGAAGAAAAAAUUAUCGAAGCAGAAAACGCCUUCGAUUCUUCAGGUGGGCUUCCAUGGCACAAAUUGUUAAGCAGUCCUCCGAAACAGACGAUCGUUGUUGACCGAAUGCACUCGUCUGCUAUUCGUUACGUGACACUUGAUUUCGGUGCGCCCAUCAUGCUUACGGACGCAAUCAUUCCAGCCCAUCCAGAUCUUGCGUCCCUGUCGAUCGAUGUGUGGUGCGUCGAUGAAGAAGCCGAUAGUGUGAGAAUUGUCGUGUCACAGGAUAUACACUCUCGCACGCUUGUGCUGAGCGAUCUGCAACCACCGCCAAUUUGUCGUUUUCUCAAAAUUACAAUUACCGGACGAUACGGCAUGACGGCAACAAGAUGUCGCAUACCGAUGGGAUCUUUCUAUGGCCAUCAUAUUAUUUUGGACCGUGAAGCCUACGCAGAUCCUAUGAUGAAGUUUUUUAGGAAGAGGAAAACGAAUGUAUUAACACAGAUCAAAAUUUUGAAAGCUCUGUACGACGACGUGCAUUGUCGAUAUUGUUUGGCCAGCAGCAAGUUGACGGAUCUUCUUGUUCCUUAUUUCAACAGUAAUGCAUCUAAUAUUGCACACAUGCAAGCAUUUUUAAAUCGCAUGAAAGAUGGACCGUUUACAGCUGGGUUUGGCGCGGAUUCUUGUGGAAGUUCAGGUAGUUGUAAUUUAUCUGGUGGAGUAAAUGCAUCGAUAGAAAGCGCCAAGGUGACGGCUGCAUAUGAGGAAUGUAUUGGUUUCCAACAUCAAUUAAACGUAAUUCGACGCGUGAUCGAUCGCAUAAGACCGUCCAUCGAGCUGAACCAUCCAUUGGUGGCUCAACUGAUGCUUCCAACACAGCCCGCACCAGUGCAAUCUAUCACGGAUCUAAGUUCGAUUUAUACCGACAAACUUCGUAUUAUGAGUGAAUGUCUGAUCGAGGUAGUGCUACAGCUUAUCACGGUGUAUGGUAGUAUGCCUGCUUUAGGAAUCAUCGAACAACAGCAACACAUCAACCAGGAAAUGUGCAACCUACUAUUUGAUACGAUGGUCAUCGCUGGAGAGACACACACUCAGCUAGCGACAUGUUCGUUGCUUGUUCGAAUGUGUUGUUUCGAGCCAUGGUGGGGUGAUUUUCUAUCAGAAAAAUUUUUGACUCUUUUCUCAUCACAAAAUGAGCGCAUCUUUCCACAGGAUCGCGUGUUCCUAUUACUCACGUAUUUGGGGCGUAGAAGCAUCGCCAUAGGUCGGAACCAAACCACCGUCAUUGAUUCGAUUUUGCGGAGUUUGGCAACACUGCUAGCACCGUUAGCAUCCGGCAAUACUUCGGGUAUGAGCAUAUGGUGCACUACGGAUCUCAACUUGCUCGGCUGGAUAUUACUUUUUUUGUCAGUAUGUUUGGAUGAUGGAACAGAGGGGAGAAAAGAUCAAGCCAACUUACGGUGGGAUUUUAUGUCCGGUGAAACGGACAUGGUUAAAGCGCGAAUGAAUAUCAAUAACAGCGGUUUGCGCUCAUUAACUCGUUCUUUCAAAAAGCGGUUAAUUCAAACCAAGCAAUACACAUCGCUGUCUGGAGCCAACUCCAAAAUAGAAAUGGCGCUGAAACAGCAAGAAAACCAAUUGAAAAAGUUAACCUUCAACAUAAAACAAAGCUUCGGCGACUACUUCAAUGAGAUAAACAAUAAAAUGAAGGUGAUUGAAGAAACAAUUAUUACUCCAUUCCACAAAGGCGAGAUACCAACCGACGCUGGUGAUAGCGCGAUAUCGUCUGCGUCAAACGGAGCUCCGACUACCUCAGCUGCCGCAAAUAACAGCACGGUUUCUGGCUCAAAGAGUGGCGGAAAGUUUAUUGUCCUUCCAAAUGAGCUAACGAUAAAAGAAGCAUGCAAUGAACCGACCAGUAGUGCUCCUACCACAACCACGUCAGCUGCUACCGAUGCUGUUACCGGUGACGGUGAAACACCUUUCGAUAGAGGAUUAAAAUCUAUAAAAAUUGGAAAAAUCAUCGUUGUAAUUCGUGGUCUUGUUGGGUUGUUGCUGAGUAUGGAUUUUACCUGCAACAUGGAUCUUUUUUUGAUCACAUGCAAAAUUAUCGCUCGUUUAGUGUUAGCCUGUCGACCGGCGCUACAGCUUUCAAAGAUCAUCACGACGCAGCAGCUGCUACAGUUGGUGCGGAUUGCUGUAUGGGAAAAUCAGCAACAACCUUGGGCAGUGCAUGCAAUUACUUGCCUGCUACAGGACGUGCUUGAGGCAGACAAGAGCUUUAAAGACGAUGAAAAUGAUUCUUCUGAAUCAUCCAACGACGAGGGAAAUACAAGCGUAUCAGCUGCAGCCAGCUCGCAGGCAUCAAGCUCCGCUCAGAAUGCGAUGCGUCCACCGGUUGAAGUGCCGUACAAGCAACAACAUCCGUUACAAAAUACACAUCACGUAACGUGCGAUCUCAGCUACGCCGACGUAGCUAAAAAUCAGCUGCCAUCAGUUGUGGAAUGCGACGAUCCGGAGAUGGAGGAAAUAUUAAUCAUCGAUGGUAUACUCUCGGCACGAGAAAAGCGUUUCAUGAAGCGUGAUAUAGGAGCAUUUGCUUCUUUUGCUAGCAAAUGUAGCAUUACGAACAAAACUGUUUCUACGGCCAUGGAUGCUCGAUUAGAAAUGGGAUUGGAUACGAAUGUAGAGAUUGUGCUUCGGCGGUUGACUACCCGUUCGGCCUUUAAUCUCGUUACCAGCUUACCUCAUGUUGCAAUGAUGACUGAGCUUGUCGGCAUAAUUUCUUCGGCACAACCUAUAGAACCGUUGACACCGUGGCCAGAGAACAUAAUUGAAGCUUGGUCCGGGCCGGAAUAUCUUCAAGGCACAGAGACAAACAACAUGCUUACGGAAGUAUUUGACAACAUUCUGUCCGAUCUGCAUCAGAUUGACUCUUGGUUGAACCUCGAGAAAAUUCUACAGCUUUGGUUAACGCUUAACGGGGAAACACUUGAAAACAUCCCUGGUAGCUCUUCGACAGGACUCAACCCUUACUCGUUUCCUAGGAUACCUUUUGGAGAUCGUGCGGUGCGUGGUUUGUUGAAGGCACUGGCCACGCAUCCGAACAUCAAGCUACGAGCUUGGUGUCUUGGUUUUCAUUGUUUAAUUUUAGCUUGCAAACCUCACUUUGAAGCUGAUUGUCUCGAGUCAAUGUCUACCAGUAGUGAUACUCAUUUUCGUCGGAUGGGAAAUCUGAUUGUGAAUGAUGAAAAUUUUGAAAAAAUGCUUUUGCGAUUCUUCUCCGGUGCAGAUCAAUCGAUGAUUUCUCUGGAGGGUAGCUGCAGUCGUUAUGCCGGUCCGACGGUGUGCAAACUUGUCGUAGAGCUAUUCAUUUGGUUGGAAAUGCGUUGCAAUGUAAGGGACAAGUUGAAGCAAACGUUGCUUAAAGUAACGCUGCAUUUGGUACAAUUUGGCGGAGCAAUCUCGAACCAGCAAGGUCCCAUCGACGCUCAGAGUCAAAUGAUAAAGGAGUUGCUAAAUUUCCCUUAUGACAAGAACGAUCUAGGCAUCGCGAUGAGCAUUAUUGAAUGUGUCUCCCAUUUAGUGUACAACAAUGUAGUAAACGUUGAAAAAAUGUACUGUCAAAAAACUGUAGACUCCGGAAACUCUGGUGCAAUGCUAGGGGGUAAUAUGCGAUUCAGUAGUCUGUUCGCUACAGUUUUCAACGCUGAAUCAAACCGAUCAUGUAAAUCUGCAACCGAUAGCUCGCUGCUUGUGGAUUUGUUAAAGCUGGCAUCAAUUCUAGUAAACACGAAGAACCCACACACUACCGCUAAUGAUACUGGUGUAGCUGACGAAACGCAUCUCGGUGCAACUGGGACAGGAAUAAUCGGACAAGAUAAUUUAAACACCUCCAGCGAAAGUCAAACGGAUGAAAUUAAGGCUGAACAGCAACAUACCGGUAGCAGUGGUGUUAGUAAUCCCAACAGCUCUACGAACUGCACAGGCAAUAACAAUAUUGGCCCCAUUACUGGCAAUGGAGAUAGCCGGCCAAAGGUGCCGUGUUUCGCCGACACCGUGUUGCAGCACACCCCUACGAUGAAUCGAUUACUGAGUGCGCUCUCGCAUUGUAACCAUUCGUCGCUGACAAUGCUUGUUGCCUCGACGGUUAAUUAUGGCAAUGGAGGCGGAGAUAGUUGCGGAAGUAGUAGCAAGGGCGCACGGAACACAUACCCAGAGCUCUGUACGGUGGCAGAUGCGGUAUUCCAACUGUUGCUAUAUCUUAGCCGCACCGCUUCUCAAAAUGAACUUGUUGUAAGACCACUAUUUGAAUACAUCAACAAUGCGUCCAGCGUGAGGCACGCAAUGCCGAAACUCCACCUUUCGGAGCCAUUUUUGUGGUUCAUUCUGAAGGUGCUCGGAACGCCAGCAGCCGUGGGAAUCUUUGUAGAUCUUGGGGGAGUGCAGGUACUAUGCGAGAGUUUGGUUCGCAGUAAUCGGGCAAUAAUCAGCACACAGCCUAGUCUUGUUUCAAUGAUUAUGCAACGGUUAUCGAAGUCAUCAAUCAACGUGCUCAAUGCGAGUAAUGCUAACAAUAGCAGUGGUAUGGCAAGUGGAAACGGCGGCGGAAGCUCUUCCAAAAAAAAUUCUCCUAUCGUAGCGACGCCACGCAAUGAAGAAGGACUUAUCAAUUUUGCUCCUUACUGUACAAUCACAUCGGAUAAUCAGUCAGUGCAGGCGGCCGAUGCGUUGAUACAAGCGCCAGUAUCUUCACAUCGGCGAGCCAGGAAUCCGGCCUGGAGCUAUCUCUUCUACCCGAACGAAUCCAACAUUGAUUUGACCGUAACGCUACCCACUGCGGUAUUACUGAAGGAGGUACAAUUGCAACCGCAUCUGGCAACACUUGCUACUUGUCCUUCGGCAGUGGCGAUCGAAGUAACACGUGAUAGCAUUCUUGGUCCGAUUCCCAUCACCCAGCCUAUCUCCACUGUGGGCAUGACCUGCAUACGGUUACGUUUUGCUCAACCCGAAAUUGCAACAAGCGUUAUAAUACGACUGUACCGACCGCGUGAUUCAAUGAACAUUGGUCUCACUCAGAUCUCCAUUUUGGGAACGACCACCUUCGGUGAAAUUCCGCUAGCCGGUCCAACGGGUGCUAGUUUAAGCAACAGUUCGCUGCAAGGAUGGAACAGUAUGGCCGCCCUUGCCGGUGGCAGUAGUUCAAGUGCUAAUCUGAAACCUUCCAAUGAUUUGUACAACAUCAGCUAUAGAAAAGCCUUUGGCACUAUGGGAGAGUCAGACGCAGGAGUCGGAUUAGCAGGAAAUGAAGAUGAUCGAAUGGCAGUAGCAGCCCGUACCAGCCUGGGUUGGCUACGUAUUUUGACGCAGUGCUUCAGUGUGACCAUCUACUACGCAGAUCAGCAGCUUUCCGAUCGUGUAAUCGCCUCAGCAAAUGAAGUAAAUGGUUUCAUGGAAGCAUGUUGCGCAUUGUUGAACAUAGUUCCAAAUAGCCCUAGCGAUACGCUGCAAAAUCUGGAAACAGUUUUACUGAAGCUAGGACUGCACAGCAGAGAAAUGGGAUUGCGUUUGAUAAACAAUCUUCUACGUCAAAGUAUACCCCAAACGUUCCAACUUACAAACGAUUCCAUAUCUGAUCUUUUGUAUCAGCUUUGUACCAUGCAAAAUGAGUAUACACAAGAUCGGCUUGCGGCCAUGCUUGACUGGGUGCUGACGUUGCACGAACGGUACAUGGAGCAAAAUGUAACAGGAGGCUCCAAUGGGGGCGCUCACCGGUUUGCUCUACAGUCGACCAAUCCGUACAGUGGUUUCGUCCGGUGCCUGGCUGCGAUACUCUGGCAAGCGUUCGUGACCGAUCUCAUCCCAGAUUUGCUAGAAAUGGUGUCUCGGGAACUGUUUGACGUUCUCUUCUGUUGGGUACAAGAGCUUGAGCAACACGAGGGUGCCAACGGACCACUGAAAAAAGCUCUCGACACAUUGCUCUGCUCAGUUUGUUGCAUUCGACCAGAAUUUUUCACAAUGCUUCUGCGGCGAAUGGGAGUUCUUGUGCCUAAUCUUUCAACUGAUCUGACAGCUUCGAUUUCGGAUGAUCGCAAAGACGGUGAGCGCGCAACCGAUGAUAGCAAGCAAGAGGAGUCCGACACGACGGAAUGGUACAGCCAUCUGGUGCUGCAGGACAUUUCGUCUAUCGAUUUAUCUCGAUGCCAGCUUGCAACGAUUGCCAUGGCCUGUCAAUCACCUUUGGCUAUACAGCAGCUGAUCGAUUCCGGCCUGCCGAAACUGUUGAAUUCUGUUAUUCUGGAAUUCUGCCGACGAGCUGCAGACUGUAUUGAGCGCGGUCGACAGGGGGCGACAAAUGUCGGCGGUCAAUCAACGGCUCCUACCAGCGGAACGGACGGAUGUUUGACAGACGCCGAUAAAUGGGGAGGUUUCGAUUCUUCAGUUGCAUCGGAGAGCAAAGGAGCUCGAACAUUCCCGAUGGUAAAUAUUCCAAAAGUUACAGAAAUCCUUGCCUUCUUCACGGAAAUGUGCUCUGAGGGUCACAUGCGCGAUUGGUUGGGAAGCUUCGAAGGUGCUAUUUUCUGGGAGCCUCUACUGCUGUUGCUUUGCAACAGCCAGCUUGCAAACGUGACGCGUGAAAUUACUACCCAGUCCUGCCUCGAGCUGGAAGAAUGCUUUAUAAAGUUCCUAUCACGCGUAACGACUUGCCACCCUAAAAAUCAGGAAGUGUUAACCGUAAAUCUUAUUUCUGUAAUAAGAAAGUCUGAUCCCUGCGAAGAAGCGAUGCAUAGUGCGGCAUCAUUCCCAACGUCGUCGGGAAGCAGUGCCACCGGUGCGGCUAAUAUUGGAAGUCUUGCGCGGAAUUGCAUCUCUGGAUUCACACGUCGAUUGGUUUUGCAAAUUUUGCUGGAAAGUGAAAAGAUAAUCGUUGCUGUACGUAGCGACUUGCCGCUGCUUCAUAGCAAAGACACAAACGGAAGCGGAACAGCCAGCGGAUUAUACAAUUCCGUUGCUAACCAUCCUUCAAAAAGAUCGAACGCCCAUCUGAUGCUGUUCCAGUUGAGCACAAAUGCUAAAUGCCAGGACAUAUUGGAUCAGUGUGCGUCUGCCGUAUAUCAACCAAUGCUGCCAUCGGUAGUACCUUCAUCAACGACAAUCGGUAAUUCGCAACCGCUUGUUACUACUGCUGCUGCAGCUGCUGUCAACACAUCAAGCGGAUCUUCCUCAGCGACCGGUGUGGGGAACGACGUAUCGAUGUUACCGAAUGUCGGAGGCAAUGGUGGAAUAAUGGCUUCCUCUGGUGGAGCAUCAGCCAGUACGCAAACCUGUCGUGAGAGCGAAUUGUGGGAGUUGGGUAUGGGACUCGAAUUUCUCAGUGUAGCGGCUGGAGUAACGGCCAAGGAUAAACGUUUGAAAGAGGCGAGAAAUCAAGCUACCACAAUGAGAAGGAAGGAUUUACUUUCGAUGCUCAAAAUUAAAAUGGACGAUCCGAAGCUUUCUGUUCCGGAUGGGAUGUUUCUCACGCACUCGGCUGUGCCUGAAGUUGUCAUAACAAGCGACACAACAAUAUCGCAACUACUAACGAUGUUAAAAUCGGCAGGAAUAUCGUUAUCGAUACCGUGUAUCAAUCUGAAUCUGAUUGAUGCAAAAAACAAAACAGUGAACGAUACGUCGACUACGUGUGGUGAAUCGUCCUCCAUGUCUACGUCGUCGAGCGCUGGUUCUUCUGCAUACAUGCGUGCCACCGAGUUUUUGCCUCUACCGUCACCUUUGCAAAUAUUUUCUAGUCGCGGGGGACUAUCACUUCUUGCACACUAUUUACCGACCGUCUACCCGGAGAUGCCCAAGAGCGGCAUGUACUACAUGGAUAAAGAUCGCAGUCCCUCUGGUGGUGGAGGAGGAACGGUGGGAGGAGGUGGUGGAAACGAAUGGGUAAAGCUGGAGCAGAUGGACGAAAUCUACGAAGACCUGGACGAUAUUGUUCCAGAAUCGUCACCAAAAGCACAAUCCAUCUCGGCAGUUCCUCAACACUCGCUAGCUGCGUUUUCUUUGUUCUUGAAACUUCCGGCAUACUCAGAAGUCCUAUUAAAUGACACCGUUCGGGCGCAAUGUCUAUUGCGACUGAUAUUGGGAGUUACGAGCGACGGAGAGGGUAAUGAAAUUUACAGUCUUGCCUUGUCCAACACCUUGCCUACGUUACCCUUUGAGGUGUUUCGUCAACUGCUAGAAUCAUCUCCGCUCACCACUGACGAUGGUGUGCUGCUCCGGCGCAUGGUCAUAGAAGUAGGAGCUAUACAUUUGGUGUUGAAUUGUCUGAGCAUUUUUACUCACCAAAACAAUAACGGUGCAACAAGAUCUGGAGGUUCUGCGGCUGGCGGAGCUACUAGUGGUAGCGGUCCAACAAACAACGUGAGUGCUCCCUCAUCUUUGUUGUAGGUUUUUGAAUCCCUGUACCAAGGGCUUGGUGCCAGUGGUAGCACAAAUAAAUCUUCGUCCACCAACACUGGUAAUUCAGCAGCAAACAAUGCAGAAGAUCAGCUGAAUGCUGAUGAUAAGGGUCAUAUGUAUUGGGCGAAGGGCACGGGCUUCGGUACCGGCUCGACACAGCAGUCUUGGAACGUUGAACAAGCACUCAUGCGACAAAAAAGUGAGGAAGAGCAUGUGACGGUGUUGCUACAGGUACUAUCGAGCUACAUUAAUCCCGGCUGCAAUAGUUGCGUAAUCAGUUCUGCGAUGGAAGAGCUAAAUAACUACAAGGAUUCGUUCGAAUCUGUGGGUGAACUACCACCAAUUUUCCUUGAUCUCAUACAGCAAAGUUGUCUCAUUCCCGCUUUAAGCUCCUAUUUGCGCAAUGAUUCAGUAUUGGAUAUUACGCGGCACAUUCCAUUGUACCGUGCUAUUUUGCAGUUAUUGCGUGCAAUUUCCAUGUCUAAUCAGCUAGCCAUGCUACUCGUCAAUAAAAACUCCAACGAAGGCAAAUUGUCUAUUGCUGGGCUGCUGACAAAUAUGAAGGGAUGUGUAGAUACUUAUGCAAGCCGGUUAAAGGUAAACAAGAAGUCCAAUCUGAAAGGACAAACACAAAAAAUUAUCGUCAGCUUAGACGAUGGCGACGACGAGGGAUUGGCAUUGAUGAUGCACGACAUUCAAUUGACUUCACUGUUAGUGCAAAAUGCCACUAAUAUGGACAUUACCAACUCAGCUGAGGAAGAAGAAAAACAGUUGAUUGCACGACCAAUAGCAAAGUCAAUAGAGGAACGAUACAUGGAGAUAAUGAAGACUUUGCAAUUUGAUACCUUCGAAAUGAUUGUGGAAGCGGAGAAUGGAUACCGUUUUACGAUUUCGCAUCACUUCGAAACCAACGUGCGAAUGGCAGGAGACCGCGGACAUCCGGGUCGAGUGAAACGUUUGGCUCAGGAAACAGUAACCCUUUCAACUAGCCUUCCCUUGUCGUACAGCAGCUCAGUGUUUGUUCGUUGUGAUACGGAUCGGCUGGACAUAAUGAAAGUGCUCAUCACCGGCCCUGCAGAAACACCAUACGCGAAUGGUUGCUUUGAAUUUGACGUCUAUUUCCCGCCGGAUUAUCCUAACUCACCGAUGAUGAUUAACCUCGAAACGACGGGACGUAACACUGUUCGCUUCAAUCCGAAUUUGUACAACGACGGUAAGGUUUGUUUAUCGGUACUCAACACCUGGCAUGGUCGACCGGAAGAAAAAUGGAACGCUCACACAUCCAGUUUUCUGCAAGUGCUUGUAUCGAUCCAAAGCCUUAUUCUCGUGCCUGAGCCGUACUUCAACGAGCCUGGCUUCGAGCGCAGUCGGGGUACGCCUACCGGAACCCAUAGUUCUCGGGAGUACAAUAGUAAUAUCUAUCAGGCCUGUGUGCGAUAUGCGAUGCUGGAACAACUACGCCAUCCGUGCCCGUGCUUCCAGGACGUUAUACAUGCCCAUUUCUGGCUCAAACGUAACGAAAUCUGCAGUCAGAUAGAGGAUUGGAUUGCUGAGCUAAGCUACCCGUCGCAGCAUGAGCGAGCUGGACGUACGAUUUCGUUCAAUGCUAUGGUUUUGCGUCGUCAGUACCGCCAGUUGCGUGACGAACUUGCUAAACUUGCACCACCGGCUGGCCUGGAAGAAACGGACUAUCCGUUUAAUCCGGGCAAUAACAUUACACCUACGACACCUUCCACCACAACGAGUGCCUCGUCGUCUACCGUGGCAUCUGGUACAACGUUCACGACCUGUCCGUUGGGUUCGUCAGUGCAUUCUUCCUCUUUAACAUUGUCUUCCUCAUCUUCGUCCUCAACGUCCUCAUCUUCCUCGUCAUCUUCAUCGUCGUCCUCGUCAUCCUCGUCAUCCUCUUCAACGUCCACCUCUUGUUCGUCUUCGAAUUCGUCCGUGCACAGUCAACAAGUUGCCACCGGUUCGACGGACGCUGUCGUUCCAGCUAGUGAGGACGGAUCUAGUGCCACCGAUACCAAAAUGCUCGAACCGCACAGCAUACAAAACGACGCUACUGUGGAGGCACAACGGGGAAGUCAUGAGACUGACGGUGGUGGUGAUGGAAUCAUGAUGAUGGAGAUGACGGAGACCGGCGUGAUGAGUGAUCCUGUCGAGGAACAGGGUAGCGAGACAAGUACCCAGUCCGUGAGUGUUACUGGAGCAUUAGCGGGAGAUUGCAGUGAAUCAUCGACUAGUGGUAGUAGCAGCGUGACUGGUGUUUCGACAGGCUCUGGUGACAACAGCACUUGUAGCGAAUCGACUGCAGUCACUGGUGGCCUCUCGGACGAGAUGGUGGAAUCCACCCAGCUGCCAACAACGGCGGACGACAUUAGCAGCAUCAAUAGUAUCGAGAAACCAAUUGGCGGUAGCGUUCAUGAAUCCCUAGAAGACGAGGGAGAUUUAUCGAUGGAAGAGUCGGCACUGUCUACUGCUUAGUGUAUCAACAACGGGACACUGCACUGAUGAAAAAUCUUACAACCAAACCUACAUUAAAGUGAAAUGCGGAAAAGCAAAAAAAAAACGUGAAUAAUUGUGUGUUGCAAGCAAACAAUCGUCGGCUGGAUCAGACCGUGGCAGACGACGUGAAUGACGAUGUGAUAUAAUUAGAUUUGAGCUUGUUGCCAUUAAGGGCCAACUGAAGAAAGAUGGAUAGCGCGCGAAAAUGGAUCAACACGAUAAGUUUCAAUUUGGAAUGAUUGCAUAGCUACGGCGAAAUUGAUCAAUAAGAGAAUGGCUAAAAUCAAUACAAAAACGACUGUUUGCAUGUGUAGAGAAAAGGCCACUCUUUUAAGAAAGCCAUAAGAAAGUAGUAAGGCAUACUGGCUGAUAAUAAUUUUUUUUAGAAACAUUAUUGAUGAUCGCUUAAGUACCAUUUAUUUAUAUUUGUUUUAUUUUGAACAUGAUUGGUUUCAUAUUUAUGACUCUAUUUUGAUUUUUUUUCUUUGCCCAUUUCAACGAUACAGCAUAACCUGAUCAAAUAUGCAUGAUUAUUGAUUUUCUCUUGAGUUAGGAACACGCUAGAUUUGGUUUUUGAUUUAUUAUGUUUACUUCUUUUUAUUUUGUUUUGUGCAUGCACGAAACAUUAAAAACCAUCAUGUACAAUAUGCACCUGGUAUUCCUGCCGUUUUUGUGAGCAAGCAUUGAAGUACGAAACGUUACAAAAAGGUUCUCUGAUAUCGGACUCAUCAACCCAGUCGUUACACUAGACAGCAAAAAACGAAAGGAUCAUCAGGAUGAUCAGGGAAAUUUCGCACGGGAAUAAGACUUGAAUCUAUCGUCUAUCAAUCAUUUUAGAUAUCAACCUUACCAUGCAUUUCUGCGAAGCACAUUGCGUCCUAAUGGAGGGUAUAGGUAUUUCAUGUUUGAGCGCAAGUGGUUCAUAAAACCACAUCCUUUCUCACCUUCGGGAACGCAAAUAAGAUGCAUGGUAUAAGUGCAUAAUAUAAGAUAUAAUUAAAGAUAAUAAGAAAGCAACAACAGACACACACAAAAAGUAAUAAAUGUAAUAAAAGAAAUCAAUUGGAUUUUUUUCUUGUUA